ACAAAACCCGUCGUUUUAUCUCUUCGACUGCUUCCCCACAUCAAAGGCCUGAUUUAAUGUCGACUAUUUGUUGUCCUUCCAUGCGCACUGGGCACAUUAGGACCAAAUAGUCAACAGCCAAGAAUACUCGUUCAUUCCUAUGACAUUGUAGCAGGCAUGAUGGCGAACAUGCCAAGCUCAUCAACUCGGCCAAAACGCGCUUUCUCCUCUGUGUUUCCAACAGCUUCACGAUCUGGGAAACUCUCCACACAGGCUUCAACAGUUAAAGUGACUCAAUUAGUGCCAGAAUCGCCUUCUAGUCGUUAUCAUUCGGCGUUCCAAACACCAAAGUCUCCUGCAUUCGAUGCUGCGAAAGAUCAAAUACAAUGGGACCACACGUGGCAGGCAGCAACUACCUUUCUGGCUUUACCUCAAGCACCAAUCGAUUCAAAGUUUUCUGAAGGAAGUAGCAGACACAACCUCAGAUCGGGUGGUCAUUGGAUCAAGAACCCAAGCUCAAAGGAUAUGAGGGCAAUGGCUUCUCUCACGCACGAUGCACGAUUUAGUGGCGUAACUAGUCCCCUUAUACUGUGGUAUAUGGAUGAAGUUCGACGACAUUUUCUAGCAUGGACAAAGCCUGAAGCGACAAAAACAUUGCAUCGAGAUCGCCAUAACGGUUGGAUAUUUGAUUUUCUGCGAACUCUUCAAAACGCCCAAAAAGUCUAUCUCUACCCGAUAUUUCAUUUCCUAGCCCCGGUGUCUGCUGCCGAUCCGGAUAAUUUACAAGCAAAGAAUUUGCAAAUACAAUCGCGAUUUCGGAGAGAUUUGCACGCGCUGGUCUCGUACUCUCUUCCCCAAAGUGACAUUGCGGAAGCGCUUUCCACCCAUAUUUUUGCUGAAGCAUCUGUCGUUCUUGGAAUUGACUGGAGCGAAGGCGCUUUCGAUGACGACAGUCUCGAUGACAUCGGUCCGGAAAAUCUGCGAACGUCAGAAGACCCCUCUCAGAUCAUCCACUAUCGCGAUAGCAUCCUGACUGUUAUGCAAAUGACGGAAGAGGUCGGUCUGGGUGGUCAUAACGCGCAACGAGUCUUCGCAGAAGUCAUGGAUCUUCUGAUGACAGACUAUGUAAAUUGUGCUUAUGCAAGAAAGUGGGAGUCACCAUCAUCAGUGCCAGCUCGUCUGCGGACGUGGAUUGAACAUCGCUUUGCGAAGCUUAUUCUCGAAGCUUUGGAAUGCCUUAGAAAAACAGAGACAAGCAUGAGAGGAGAUACCGGUAGCUUUUAUGACAAUGCCGACUUUAUGACAAGCACUAUAGAUAAGUGGCAAGAAAUGGGCAUUGAGAGAUUGGGUAGGCUGCGCGUCGAUGAGCUCUUUUCAGUCAUCGUCGAAUGGGACGCAAGCCUGGGAGCAGUUGAAGAUUUGAAGCAAUAUGUGACGAAUCCAAUUACCAGACUGCAUCUCACCUCCUCCUUCUCAAAAGCAAUAUCCCAGCGACUUUUGCAGCCAGGUGCCUCCACGGCUGAAAUACUUCAGAUUUACAUCUCUUUGAUCCGGGCUUUCGCCAUUUUGGACCCGAAAGGCGUCCUCCUUGACCGCAUUGCUCGACCUCUACGAAGGUAUCUUAGAGACAGAGAUGAUACCGUCAAGGUCAUUGUCAGCGGCUUGCUUGCCGACGUGGAAACCGCCGACGAAGAACACUCUCCGAUGACUCCCGAGGUUUUGGUUGAGCUUGCCGUUGAGUUGAGCAGGGCUAUUGAGCUUACCGGACAUGACGAAAAUGACGCUGACUUUGACUGGGAUGACAUGGAUUGGGUGCCUGAUCCUGUGGAUGCUGGGCCAGACUACAAAAAGAUCAAGUCAUCCGACGUGAUCGGUAGCAUGAUAAGCUUGUUUGAUUCGAAAGAUGUUUUCAUCAAAGAAUUCCAAAACGUCAUGGGGGAGCGCCUUUUGAAGCGGGAGCUUGAUUUGGAUAAAGAGGUUCGGGUCCUUGAGCUGCUCAAGCUUCGGUUCGGCGAGAGCUCCCUGCAAUCUUGUGAAGUCAUGCUUCGGGACGUGCUCGAUUCGAAGAGAGUUGACAGUGCAAUCCGCAGAGAGCAGCAGCUCGAUCAGCCAGGGUCAGACAGCGAGGGGAAUGUCGAAGUUCCCGAGAUGCACGCCAAAAUUUUAUCCCGGCUUUUUUGGCCGGCGUUGCACGAAGAUACCUUCUCGGUGCCGAAUGAAAUUGCUCGUGUCCGGCAGCGGUACGAACAAGGUUUUGAGACGCUGAAGCAAUCCCGCAAAUUGACGUGGCUUGAUGCGCUUGGCCAAGUCACGGUGGAACUGGACCUUGACGACCGGGUCAUCACCGAUGAUGUCCAGACGUGGCAAGCAUCUGUCAUUUAUGCUUUCCAGGGUUCAGAUGGUCCGAAUCCACAGACUCGAACUGUCGCACAGCUAAUAGAGCGACUUGAGAUGGAGGAGGCUCUGGUGAGAAACGCCUUGACCUAUUGGGUAGCUAAAAUGGUACUGCGCGAGUCAGAAAAAGACACAUUCACCGUCAUUGAGACUCUAUCACCAGACGAUGCCGGAGAAGACCAAGCUCAGGCGGCAAUGGCCGCCGCCGCAGAGGCGGAGUCAAACGCAGCUAUGUCUUCGGUCAAGUCGGCCGAAGACGUCGCAAUGGAAAAGAUGAAGGUGUUCUGGCAAUUCAUCGUGGGUAUGCUGACCAACCAGGGAGCCAUGCCCUUGCCUCGGAUAGUCAUGAUGCUGAGGUUCGCCAUGCCUGGUGGUUUCCCCUUUGGCGACGAAGAGCUAAAAGACUUUUUGGGUCGGAUGGUCGAGGAAGGCAAGCUGGACCUCUCCGGGGGUAACUAUCGACUCAUUGCUUGAAAAAAUAUUGGGACCGAUCACCGAUCGCUUUUCUCAUUGCCACACAUGGUGACCAUUUUUUCUUGACUCGUGCCAAACGCCCUCAAACAGCCUAGUAUUAGUGUUUCUACUGACAAGCAUUCGCGGACGACUUUGGGUCCAUAACAAGGUGCAAGGCUUUCAGAGGGGCUAAUACUUUCCUUUUUGGGUGAAGAGUGAGAGCCAUGGUCAGUCACUUUGUCCUAGAGUUGCCCCUGAGUACUUUUUCGGUGGUUGUUGAUUAAACCAUUUUUUGCAACCCUUUUGCUACCAUACACCGCACUAGAGCGUCAAUCCUCAGCACUAUUUUGUCGGUAUAGCCGGCGCCACAGACGGGAGCUGAACUGUGGACCCGGUACUCUACGUGUCGGCAUUUGCAA